GACUGUCAAAAUUAGUCAAAACAGGAAGAUUUGUCAACAAGAGAUUUCCUGUGUUUGCUCUAAUUAUAAAAUAUUAAAACUAGCAGCUAAGAAAUGGCUUGAAAUUAAGAAUAAUGAUAGGAAAAAGUGGUCUCAUAUUAAAUAUCUUAGUCCUUGUAACUGCCCUUCCUCGCGGUUCAUCCGAUAGCAAUCCGUAUGCAGACGAGCCCUAUCGACCACUAGGCCCACUAGUAAAAUGCAACUUUCUACCGAUGGAAUUCUUGAACUGCGAUCAUCCCAUCGACCAUAAAGGGAACCAAACAGCCAGGGAUGCUACAGGUCACGGCUGUGUAAAGUUUGGAGGUGUUUUGUAUGAGAAUGUUGAGAAGACUAAAGUACAGUGCAAGGCGUUGGAUAAUAUCGAGUGUUACGGCAGCAGAACGUUCUUGAAAGAUGGUUUUCCGUGUGUGCGGUACUCUGGACACUAUUUCACUACAACUCUCAUAUACAGUAUACUUCUGGGGUUCCUGGGCAUGGACCGAUUCUGCCUUGGGCAGACUGGUACAGCUGUGGGUAAACUCCUGACUCUGGGAGGCUUGGGCAUUUGGUGGAUCGUCGAUGUAGUGCUACUGAUUACUAACAACCUGCACCCUGAAGAUGGAAGCAAUUGGAAUCCUUAUGUAUAGUCUAUUUGCAUCAUAAAAAUUGUAAUAGUUCUAAGUUUUGUAUUGUUGACUGACUUGAUGAAUAAAAUAUGGAUGUUUCCAAUUU